GUCAACUCGUAACCACAGAAAUUUCGGAAUUAUUCAAAUUGCCGAUUUUAUUAAGACUCAAGUGUUGGGGCAGCGUGAUAUUCGGAUUAAGACGCUUAUGGCAGGGAUUUUAGAAUCCUUAGGACUGGACCUUCCAUAUAAGCGGGUGUGGUAUGCAAAGGAGAGAGCAAUUAGCAGCGUCUACGGGGACUGGGAAUAUAACUACACGCAAAUCACGAAAUUCAUGGAUAAUGUGGUCGAAGUGAAUCCUGGAUCCUUUUGGCAUGGUGAAGGCCGACUAACUGAUUGCGGUGGGGUGCAAUGUAGAAUUUUCAAGCGAAUGUUUUGGACCUUCUUUCCGAUGGUUGACGGAUUUCCAUUUUGCAAACCAGUUCUAUUCAUCGACGGGACGCACUUAUAUGGUAAAUACAAAUUGCAUAUGUUGAUAGCGUCGGCGGUAGAUGGCAACAACCACAUAAUGCCAGUGGCGUUUGCAAUAGUUGAGUCCGAAUCUAGUGAGAGUUUUGAAUAUUUUUUGAAUCAUCUUGGAGAUCAAGUCAUUCGCGACCGAAAGGUGGCCAUUGUAUCAGAUCGUGCUCCCGGAUUAAUAUCGGUUUUGAGGCGUCCGGAAUGGGAAGGGAUUGAUCAUUUUUUCUGUAUUCGGCAUUUAAUGGCUAAUUUCCACACUCAUAUCAGAAAUAAUGAUAUGAAGUUGCUGGCUGAGAAAGCAGGUAUUUUGCUGUCACUCGUCAACAUUUCUGGUUAUUGAACCAAAAAAGAGUAUAAAUUUUGCAUUAACAAAUACCUCAUAUUAACGUGUAGGUCGGACUUUUCAAGAGAAAAAGUACGAGCGAUACAUGGCCACUAUGGCAAUAAGAUCUCCGGCGGGGUAUGCUUAUUUGACCGAUGAGAGAUAUCUUAAGAAAGAACAGUGGGCUUUGUGUUGGGACAUUAAGGCGCAAAGGAACGGUGUAAUGACGACGAACUACGCCGAGUCCAUUAAUGCAACUCUAAAGAAUGUAAGGGGGCUUCCAAUCACAGCGAUGAUAGAGGCUAUCUUUGACAGACUCAGCGAUAUGUUCGUCAAGCGUUG